CCCAGUACGAAUUUGGAAGGUUUGGGACUCGAUUCCGCUGAUUUUUUUGUUUCUUUGUUUGUUCCAUGUCCAUGCUCUUUCGGUCCGUUAACCUGAAGUCCAGUCCAAACUUUUGGUCUCAGUCUGGGCCGUUGAAUGAAAUAUCGCGAGGUUUCCAAGCCAGCGUCAGGCGUCCUUAAAAAUUUCUAAACGAUUUGUUAUCGUCCGGAGUUAGUCGUUACAGUAUGUCCACCAACAUAGAUAGAUCUCUUGAUGACAUUAUUAAAGACCAGAAAAGGCUAAAAAAGAAAGCUUUGAAAAAGAAGACACAACAAACCCAGAAGAAGGGAACACAGAAACAGCAAAAGAAGAAUCAAGGGAACAAAGGAACCUCCAUUAAACAGAAUCAGAGAAGAAGAAUAGCUGGGAAGAAUGCUGGCCAGUCUGCACAACAGAGACAGGGAGCCCAGGGUCGAAAAAGGCCAGCAACUGGGAAGCAAAAAGGUCAGGUGGUUCAGCAAAGAGGAGGCAGCGGCAAUCAAACCUACAAGAAAAAUCAAACUGUAGGAAACAAAGGAAGAACCAGGGGUGCUAAAGUGGCUGUAAACAGACUUAAAAACAAGCAAAGUAAUGCUCAGAAGAGUAAACAGAUAAUUUCCAAAGCCAAGCAGAUUCAACAGAAUAGAAGACUAAAAAACAGACAAACUCAGCAAAAAGAUGCCAGACAAAAUAUCAUCAAUAACAGAAGAGGAAUGCAGAUAAACCGACAGAACAAGGCACAGAAUGUAAAAAGUCUUGGAGCAACAAGACAGCAGCGAAAAAACAGGCGAGGUAUGCAGGCUCCUCAACUGACUGUCUCCAUUAAUAAUCCCAGAGUGACGUUAACAAGAACUCCACAAUGGAAACAACCUGUGAGUCAACAGACAAACCCAAGGAGCAGAAGAGGAUGGAGGGGAAAAUCUGCAGCAAACAUUCCAAGAGGCAUGGGUCUAACUGAGGAUCUGAGAAUUUCAGUGCCAAACAAUUUACAUCAGCUUUCCCCACUCAAGCCACUUGUGUACACAAACCAUUUCAAUCCACCAAUGAAUACUGCCAUGACAGGGAAGACAUUCGCCACUCUGGAUGAAAGAUUCUCCAGCAUGUCUCAACACAAGCCUGUCAGGACUAUCGUUGUGGAGUAGUGGCACAUUUAAUUUAUUUUUAUUCUUUUGACUGUUUCAUUUCGUUUUUUACUGUUUUUACUGAUUUAAUACUGCUGUUUAUACAUUUAACUAAAUCACUAUUUACCUGGACAUAAAUGUCACCUGAAUGCA